AUGGAGGAGUCCUUCAAGACCACGAAUGCCGACGAGAAGAUGGAGGAAGUCGAGACAGGUCUCGUGCAGGCGGAGCAGAGGCGCUUGAUCGAGACCAAGAGAAGGCCCCCACCUGCUGUGAAAGUCAAGGUGAAGGCAAUGCAAGAGCCUCAAGGGUUCGGUCGCAGGGGCCAAGCGCGAGGUGAAGCUGAAGCCACGCUGAGCUCGAUCCCUCUGCCGUCCUUUGUUGAAAGGGCGGUCAAAAAGAAGAAGAUCUCGCCGAAGAGGGCUGCAACGGAGGUGGCAUCGAGCUCCAAGCGCUACAAGGUGGCCGAGCCGGCCGAGGCCCCGACCCUCUCCAGCGAGAUGCUGAGGGCAAUACCACGACGCACAAUGGAACAGCACCUUGCCGACCACGCCCGUGCGGUUCAGGAGGCCACCGAAAAAGCGAUGGAACUGGCGGGCAACCACAAGGGCGAGAUGGUGAUCAGCAGAGCUUCUUGGGUGGUGUCCAAGCUCGACUUACCACCACCCCCGCUGCCACCAUUGCUUGGACGCUUCCGACGGGAUCGACUUCAACGGAACCCCCUGGCGAAUCGCAUAGUGGAACUUCUUCCGGACAACGCUUGA